AUGUCCGCCGCGUCCUUCUCCUCCUGCAUCCGGGGUGCUCCCGUGAUCGCCCGUCGCGAUGCGCGCGCGAUCCGUCGCACUGUCGCUCGCGUUCCCAUGGUGACCCGCGCGAACGCAGACAUCAUGAGCGAGGUGGGCACCGCGGUCCUCACCGAUGGCCAGCUCCAGGGCGAACGAUAUGUCGCUUCGAACCGCUUCAGGCUCCAGGCCGGCAAGGGCCCCACAUUCGAGAAGCGCUGGGCCGAGCGCAAGAGCCGCCUCGCCAACCUCGAUGGAUUCCGCUUCUUCACGCUCAUGCGCCGCGUGGAGGGCAUGGGAGGUCCCCCCAAGCCCGCCGACGCCGACGAGGAGUACGACUACGUGUCGCUCACAAUCUGGGAGGACAAGUCCGGCUUCGACGCGUGGCGCACCGGCGAGGCCUUCAAGGAGGCGCACGGCGGCGGUACCAUCUUUGGCUUCGUGGAGAUGCUCGUCUCCUCCAUGAUGGUCCUCAAGGGCGGACCCAAGCCCGCUUUCUACGACGGUCUGCUCCCCGUGGUGAAGCCCCCUCCGGAGGAUACGCCGUGGAAGGCGGUUGGGGGCUGGCGCGACGUCAAGGCUGACGGCGUCAACCCGCUCGACACCGACGUGUACGUGGCGAUGAACCGCUUUAAGGUUCUCCCGGGCAAGGAGGAGGCCUUCGAGCAGCGGUGGGCCGAGCGCGAGAGCAAGCUGGAGGGCAUGGACGGUUUCCUCACUUUUCUGCUGCUUCGAAGAGACGCGCUCAAGGCGGAGGAUGGAUACAACUACUCCACCCUGACCGUGUGGAGGAGCAAGGAGGACUUCCAAGCGUGGAGGGAAUCGUCCGCCAACUCCGCGGCGCACUCCAAGGCCGGAGAGGCGGAGCCCAUGUUCGACGGGCCGCCCAGUCCCGUCAUGUACGAGGGCGUCCUAGCGCUGCUGUCAGAGAAGGGGGCGUGA